UUUAGGAUGAGAAUAAGAGAUGAUAGCAGUUUUCUUCAGCAAGGUUCUGUCAUUCAAGGAGGACAAAGGCUUGGUGGUGAAUAUGAUGAUCUACAAGUGAAGUCCCUUGAGGAUUUGUCUUGCCUAGAGGAAGGUUCAUGUUGGGUAUUCGGUAAAAUCGAGUCAGUUGAGUGCCAUUACGGUGAAUGGUAUUUUUUGGCGUGUAAGACUUGUGUUAAGAAGGUCAGAGAAGUGGAUAACAAGUUUAACUGUUCUGGAUGUACAAAAACUCAUUCUUAUGCAGUUAAAAGGUUCAAGUUUGUGGUGAAUGUUGUUGAUCAUACCAGCAAUGCAUCUUUGUUAUUGUGGGAUAGGGAAGGCAGCCAACUGUUAGGGAGAAAUGUGACUGAUUUUGUAGGAAAUGGUGGUCAGGUUUGUAUAUUAAAACACUGAAAUUUAGUCUUUUUCUAUCAUGGUGAGUUCUAAUUUCAUUUCUAUUUCAGCAGGUUGCUCCUAAGAAUUCCAUUCCUGCACUUAUUGAAGAGAUUCUUGUGGGUCAGAAUGUACUGUUUAAACUUCAGCUUAAAAAUCAUAUUGAGUAUUACAGAAGUUACCCUUUUACUGUGAACAAAAUUUGUAAUCUCCCUGAAGUAGUUGACAAGUAUACUCCUAAAGACUUGGGUGAACAGAUCUUUAAAUUUGAUACGAGGUUAUCUGAUCUACUUUUUGGAGCUGAUCUUGCUGAGGUAUUUAUAUUUUGUUAUUAUUCAGUAGCUAUAUUUUGUAUUUUGAAAAAGUGGUAUUGUUUUUUAUCUGAUUUCAUUUUACUUAUAGGUUUCUCAAAAGCCCUAUGUUACAACUGAUCUGUCCACUCUUGCUAAUGAGAAUAUCAGUGACUUAUUUGUUGAAGGAUCUGAAUUAAAUGUUGGAGUUGAUGUUGCUGAGGUAUUUCUGUUUAUAUUUUUGCUAUUUUGAUUAUUUUGUAAAUAUUUUUCAUGUUUAAUAAUUAACUAUCAUUAUUAAUAUAGGGUUCUCAGAGGGUGUUUGUUACACCUGAUCUGUCUACUGUUUCUAAUGAUAAAAUGAAUGGAUGGGGUGUUGAAGGCUCUGUAAAGCGAUGCUUGGAUUUAGAAUUUGACGGAUGUGAUGAUGUUGGUGAAGUUCAGAUGAAGAAGAAAGAGAAAAUUGCUGGUUCUAAUUAGAUGGGCAAUCAUACUUGGUGUUUAUCUUUUGCAGUGUUUUGUUUUUUUUUUGCAUCUUAAAAGAACUCUCAUCCUAUGUUUUGUUGUGUUGGUUUUGGAUUUUGUCACUGAACUUGACAAUUUUUUGAUGUUGUUAGGGCAUGUGCAUGUUUUCCAUGUAGUCAAGUUAGUAAGAUGAGAUCUUCAUCAAGAAUUUUUAAUGUUCAGCUAUCCCUUCAUUUUAUAAUGAAGUUUUUAAGUUAUUGUUCUGUUUUUUCCACUUAUUAUGUAUAUUAAUGUUUAUUAUGUAUAUUAAUGUUUGACAAUGUUUAAAUUUGAAAUAUAUGAUUAAGGUCAAUAGAGGAGUAUUAAUAAUUGAAUAAACCUAAAGGCAAUUCUAGAAGUGGAUGUGUAAAAUAAUCUUUUUGCAUUCUGAUUCAUGUGUGUGUAUAAAUCCAACAUGAGAGCUGAUAACUCAUACAAUAUUGUUCACAAUUAUUCAGAAUCUGCCAUUCAAUUUUAUAAUCAUUUAACUAUUAAUUCAGUUAUGAUCAUAU